AUGCCAACCCACUUGCGGGCGAACGAGGGCGCCGACAUCCUCAUUGUCGCCCGCACCGACGCCCGCCAGGCCGAGAGCCUCGGGGAGGCGCUCUGGCGCGCCCAGGCGUUCGCGGAGGCGGGCGCUGACGUGCUGUUUAUCGACGCGCUGGCCAGUGCCGACGAGAUGCGCGCGUUCUGCGGGCUCGGGGGCGCGGCCGCGGGCGUGCCCAAGAUGGCCAACAUGUUGGAGGGGGGCGGCAAGACCCCCAUCAUGGCGCCAGAGGAGCUGCAGGCCAUGGGUUUUGCCCUCGUGGCCUACCCCCUUUCCUUGCUGGGCGUGUCGAUCCGCGCGAUGCAGGACGCCCUGCGCGGCCUCAAGGGCGGCCGCAUCCCCGGGCCGCGCGAGAUGGGCACUUUCGUGGACAUCCAGAUGGCGGUCGGCUUCCCGCAAUACUUUGAUGAGGAGCGGCGCUACGCCAUAUCGAAUGCCACGCCCGGCGCGUCGCCGCCGCCGCCGCCGCCAACGGCGGCUGCCUUUGACGCCCCGGGCACGGCCGCCGGGGCGGCGCAGCCGCAGCCGCAGGCGCCGCCAGCGGGCGGGUAUGGGGCGUCAUCGUUUGCUCAGUCCGGUUCAGCAGGCACCGGCGCCACCGCAGCAGCCCCCGAGGUGGUUGAGGGGGUGGUCUUGGAGCCAUCCAGCACGCAGCGCUCUCAGGGGGGCGGCAGCACUGGCAGCAGCCUGGUUUCGGACAAGCCCUUCAGCACCGCUGAUGACGGCGACUGGGCGGCGCUGAAAAGGAGCCGCUUCUUCAGGGUGCGCAUCUGUGAUGCCAAGACCAAGCUGUCAAAGCUGGAGACCCGCAUACCCGCCAACUUCAUCGGCUCCCUGGCGACCAUGGUGCCCCAGAUCGCGGGCGUCAACCUGGAUGAGAUGCUGAGGGCGGCAGUCGGCGGGAAGCUGGACCUUUCGGAACCGCUGGUCAACUACGAGACAGGGACAGGUGAUCUGGUGCAGAUCUGGUUGGAGCAGUAG